UGGGUUGGCUUCUGGUAAAAAUUCUUCACUUUACUCUCGUGCAAAGGCCGGGAUAAAAGGCGCUGCACCAUGGUCUUGGUGUCAGUCGAUCUCAACCAGUCCAACUAAAGCAGAGCACACAAGCCUACACCACCACUGGUCCUAUUACCCGGGUAUUCUAUCCUACCCGACAAAAACUUUCUCUCUCUCUCACUCACUCACUCACUCACUUUCAGCAACGGUGGGAAAAGGAGGAGGAGAACGUACCGGCUUCUUCUUUCUGCACGACAUGCCAACAAAACUUGCGAAAAAGUAACUUGGCCCUAAAUAAAUAUCGACUUGUACAAAUUGGUUAUUGUGAAAUUAUUUCGAGCAGAGUUGAUACAUAGUUUAAAACCAGGGAAAAAAUUUGCAAAAAGAAACAUUCAAACCCACACUACAAAAAGUAUUCUUGCCUCUUGUGGGAUUCUAUUCUGCAGAAAAGUAAUCAUUACGCACACAAAUUAACAGACUUAAUUCGAACCCAUUACGAACUAAUCUCAAAAUAAUAAAAUACUCUUCUUCCUGAAUAAAAAAGAAGGAGCAUCAACUAACCUUCACUCACUGAAGGAACACGCAAAUUGAUCUUGAUUGAGAGGAAGGAAUGAUGACGAUUUCUGGCCUUUGAGACGUUCUAGUGCAACGAGGCUACUUGGUAAAUAAACAAGAAAACAUGAGCUGCCCAUUUUCCAACCCCUCUUUCGCCUCGUCCUCGUCAGCGUCCACGUCCCCACCGCAACCAUCCCCCGGGGAAGGGUGCCGGUCUGACAGGCAGGACAGCAUUGGGAGUGGAAAACCAAAACUUAUUCGUGGAAAUACGUUAGGAAGCUUUAUCCCGUCAUCGGAAGAUCUCAACUUGUCCACCCUCAGUGCUGCCAUCGUGGCAUUGUUGCUCCCGCAGGAAGAGUUGGUGAAGGAGGCGUUGGACCGACUGGGUCAUCGAGGUGGAAGUGGAGCCACAGCUGCAUCCGCCAUUAGAUGCAGAUGGUGUGAAGUGGCGAAAAACGAGAAGAAAGUGACAUCAACGACUUCAGAAAUUGCUCCAAACUGUUUCGACGAAGUUGCUGCUGUUAUCAGGAGUGAAUUUAAUAAAGAUGGCCCAGCACAUCCGGACCGUGGUGGUGAACUGGACUCGUUUGGAAGCUCGUUAGGCGAAGCAUAUUUCGGCUCUUGUCUAUCCCGAUAUAAACGUGCCUACCUCUCGCUGGGUCCAAAUUUUGGAAAAUUCCUCAUCAAUUUGGACGGUGUCCUGGAAGCACUGAAACAUUCUAAUCAAGGAAUGGCGGGCAUGGGCGACCUCGAGGAGACCAUCGUGACCAGCAGAAAGGCGGCUGAGGAGAACAUCGCCGCUUUGCAGGAAGGCGAGGAACGGUACACGGUCCUUUACAAAACCACGUCGAUGGAUGCUCUAGCCGGACCGUUCUUUCGAGCCGUGUUGGCCACCAUUUGCACCCAGUUGUAUAACACUAACGGGGAAGGGGGUGGUGCAAGUCAGGGCGGCAACACGGUGGAAAUUAGAUGCAGUCCAACUCCAUCCCACACACCGACGCAGCUUCAUUUCGUGUACAACAUUAAACUGGGACAAGGACGAGUCAGUGGUACAUCCAUGACGAAGGGAGGUCACACCCAAGCACACCAUCACCAUCACCUCUCCACAAAUCCUAAAGAUCUGGGACUCUCCGUCGCCCUCUUUAGUCGAGCUUUCCCAUGGCAUUUCGUCCUCGACCGGGACCUUUACCUCGUCCAGUUGGGUACAUCUCUCCUUAAACUGUUCGCCCCCACGUUACGCGAGCUGGGGAGGGAACGAUACAAGGUGACCGAAUUCUUCUACUUUGUGAGACCUCAUCUCGGAUCGGAAAUCUCAUUCGAGACCGUAUUCCAACGAUUGAAUACGCCAUUCCUCUUCCGACUGGUGAACAUGGGGCCGGCAAAUUUGGCAGAGGGGUUGGAGUUGAAAGGUCAAAUGAUUGACUGUCUGGAGUCUGGAUGUCUCCUGUUUCUCGGCUCUCCGCUGAUUGACGGGUUGGAGGGCUUGACAUCCAGGGGACUCUUCAUUUCUGACAUUCCCAUCCAUGACGCAACCAGGGACGUGAUCUUAGUCGGGGAACAAUCCAGAGCGCAGGACGGGUUGAAACGACGAAUGGAUAAGUUGCGGCAAUCAAUUGAGGAAGCUUCAGUAGCAGUUGAUCGAGAAAGAGAGAAAAAUGUGUCCCUUCUUCACAUGAUUUUUCCCGAGGAUAUCGCCAAGCGGUUGUGGUUGGGUGAAAGUAUUGAAGCUAAAACGCACGAAAAUGUGACGAUGUUAUUCAGUGACAUCGUCGGCUUUACGUCGAUCUGCUCGACAGCUACGCCAAUGCAAGUGGUAAAAUUACUGCAAAGUUUGUACACCCAAUUUGACGCUUUCUGCGGACAACUGGACGUCUACAAGGUUGAAACAAUCGGGGACGCGUACUGUGUGGCGGGUGGGCUUCACCGCACUAGCAAAACCCAUGCGGAACAGAUCGUUUGGAUGGCGUUGAAGAUGAUAAGUACUUGCAAGAAUCAUACGGCACAUGAUGGGCAGCCGAUAAGGAUGCGAAUCGGAAUCCACACCGGAUCCGUGCUUGCUGGCGUGGUUGGGGUGAAAAUGCCGCGCUACUGUUUGUUCGGUAAUAACGUAACGCUUGCAAAUAAAUUCGAGUCGGGGAGUGAACCAAUGAAGAUCAACGUGAGUCCAACAACAUACAGACACUUAUCCGACACGGAAGGCUUCGAAUGGGAAGAGCGAUCGCGAGAUUGUCUCCCGAAAGGAUUUCCUUCAGAGGAUCCGGGCACUUGCUAUUUCGUUCUGGCAUACAAAUAUCCGUGCCUUCCCAGCUCGGCUACCGAAUUUACACAUAUUCAACAAGGGGUUGACAAACUCUGUGAUUUCCCGUAUAAAGAGGUCCCCGAUAUUUGAUGUAGCAAUUAAAAAAGAGAGAAAGAAGCAGAAAAUUAUGUGUAGUCUACUUAUUAUCCUUGAUGUUGUUGUACUUUCUCCUCUUCAUUGUCGUCUUGUGUUACGUACGUACAGGUUCCUUCGCCCUCUCCAGAUUCGUGUCUUCUUGAACUAAUAUUAUAACAAUAUAUUGUACAAGAAGAAAGUACAUAUUUGUUCUGUCCCUCUGUUGUCAAUCUCAUAACGUAACAAAAAAAAACCCUCGUGAGUAUUACUCUUAUAUAACCGUUGUUGUAUGUACUAUAGAUGGAUAUAAAGCGAUAAAAAUCGAUAUAUAACCUCUGCACAACUAAACUAUGUAAUCACAAACACGAGUUACCGUAAAAUAUGUUUUACGAACCAGAAGCGGAAACUGUACAAGUUAAGAUGUAUAUUGUUUGUACUCUCCAACGUAUGUUUCUACUCUUACAAGUUGUGUAAAAACUCUAUAAAUCUAUUCAUGCCCUCCUGCAGGACGUUACAUUGUCGUAGGAAAGAUUGAUAAAUUUAUUGGUGCUACUUUUUCUCGUGUCAGUCAUCUCGAUAUGGCUUCUUCUUUAAUUUUACUAUUUUUCGCUAAAAGUUGACGACGACAAUCCUACAUAAAAUCCUAACUCUCUCACCUACGAUCACGUACGUACGUAUUUACGAGUUACUUGCUAAAAACAAAAUAUUUAAGAUACGGUAGUGUAAUAGAUGAUAUAAAUAUAAGCUAAUUAUUUCCGUCUCUCUGUCGUGUUCAUGAUAUAUAUUUGCGAAAUUCAUAAAUGUUACCAAAUAUUAAAUGUUGUAAGUUUUGGACCACUUUCUCCCUCUAUCAAAGAAAUAAAUAUGUAUGUACUAAUUUCAUCGUGUAUAGAAAAAAAUGGAUGUCGGAUUUUUCGGAGAGCUGUUACACAUUUAAAUGAUUGUUAUGAUAUUAAUAAAAAAAUGUGUUUGGAUAUAUACAAAUUAUGCGUUUUACUAAUUGUUAUUAAAUGUUGUUGAUGUAUUCCUGUUACGUUUUUUGUCGUUGCAAAUGAAAUAAAUGGGAUGGAAUAUUUUGCUAAAAAAUAUGCCAAAAAAGUGAAUCAGAACCUUUGUUUUUUUAUGUCAACUGUUUUGAUUUAUUUAAAUAAAUAAAAGUACAUAGUGAUGAAGCGAAGAGAACCAAGUAUAGUUUUUUGAGCAGAUGUGUCUAAAGCGGAGAAAUAAUAAUAAGGGUUCUUUUUAUGUCAAGGGACGCUCAACGGAGACUGAGCCUUGAAGGGAAUACUGAUGACGACAUGACUGUGGCCUUAUCUUCUUCUUAUGGGUGUAAGAGAGAGAGAGUGUUGCCGAUAAGUGUUGGGUGAAAAGAGACGAUAGUCGAGUAGAAAGUAGAUAAAAGAGAUGGAGAAAGUCUCAUAUUAUU